AGGGCCUCAGCGGCCGGCGCCCCAGCUGGAGUCUCCGGCUGGAGUCUCAAGGACAGGCGAAGCCAGUCACCAUCCUGAGCUCCUACCCGCCCAGCGAUGGAGGCCCUGGGUCCCGGAGGCCUGGGUUCUGGAGGCGAUCGCGCCUCCCCGGCCUCAUCCACUCGAAGCCUAGACUUCGGGCAGCUGUCCACGCGUGCCGACUCGGCCUACAGCUCUUUCUCCACCGCCUCUGGUGACCCUGAGCCGCGCACCCCGUCCCCGGCCACCGAUCUCCUUCCUUGCCUGGACUGGGGCUCCGUGCGCGUGGCGUGGGGCGGCUCGGCCCCCGUCACUCCGGACCCCACCGUGCGCCCACCCCGAUCCCGGCCAGCCGUGGCCACGCGCGGUGGGCCGCGCCGGUCCCCGGAGACACGGGGACCCCCGGGGACGUUCAGCAGACAGGCCACCCCUCUGCUGUGCGCGCUGGCUGCCGAAGCCGAAGCCCAAGCUCGGGCGCAGGCCGCGGAGCCGCCCAGCCCUCCAGCCUCGCGGGCCGCCUACCGGCAGCGACUCCAGGGCGCGCAGCGGCGCGUGCUCCGCGAGACGUCGUUCCAGCGCCGGGAGCUCCGCAUGAGCCUGCCCGCCCGCCUGCGACCCCCGCCCGCGGCGCCCGCGCGCCUCCCCGCGGCGCACGCGCGCUCCGCCUCGCUCAGCCACGCGCCGCCGCCGCCGGGGGACCCGGAGCUCCGCCCAGCGCCGCCGCCGCCGCGCUCCCCGGCUCCCCCGCCAGGCGUCGCCGCCGGGGGGCGCCUGGCUCGGCAGCCGCGCCAGGGGUGGGGUCCCUCGCAGUCGGGGGAGCUGGCUGGCGUGGCUGAGGGUGGCAGCGUGGGGCCAGCUCAGGAUGGCUCGCGCCCGGACCCCGCGAAAUCGGAACCCCCGGAGUUGCAUGGUGGUGGGGUGCGAGUGGAGUGCAAAUCCUGGAAUCCCCUCGAGUUCGAGUCCCGGUCCGUGAAGUUUGACGAAGCUUCUAGGCCCGCCAGUAGGAGGAGUCAGAGCGCUUCGGGCCAGGUCUUGGAUCCCUGGGAAGGUUCUAGAGAGGCCAUGAUCACCAUUCAGGCUGUCCCGCAAGGAACAGAACCUCCUAGACCAUUGUUUCAACCCCAGCUUUCCAGGUUCUUGAUUCCAAAAAAGGCUGGAGCAAUUUCCCAGAACAGCCCAGUCCACUGUGAGCAGAGGGUCUCAAAGAACUGUGGCUUGUCGCUUCGGCUCCCUUCCCUUCCUGACGAUGAUGAUGUGUUCAUGGAAGAAGGGGUGCCGGUCAGGAUGAGAAUAUCUCCAGAUUCCCUGGCUCCCCAGGGGCUCCUAACCAGUGCGCAUGCCCCUGACCAGCAGUAUGGAAAUGGCUUGAGUCACAGAGCUAGCCAGGCUACAGUUCCUGAAGAGUGCAUCCUCCAUCCCUGUCUCCAGAUUGUAGGAGCAGAUGACUGCUGGCAGCGGAUGGAUGUCUCUGUGGGUGUCUUUAGACCCACAAGCUGUAGCCCCCCGGAAGCUGCAAAUGGUGACACCCCAACCAUUGACCCUUCUGGACUACUGACCUCUGACCCCUCUGCAACUGCAGAAAAUGGCCCCCUCAAACCCUCCCCAGUUGAUGUCCUGGAACCUUCAGGUAAUGAUCUUCCAGGCUCACCUCACCACACUACCCUGGCCAGGGGUCCUGGCCAGCCAACAUGGCCUAGUCCGCAUCUCCAGGAACUGGUUCAAGAGCUAGCCAGACUGGACCCCUCUCUGAGUGACACUUUUGCCUCCCAGUCCAGCCCAGAGCCACCCCUGGGUCUGCUGGAUGGGUUGAUUCCUUUACCAGAGAUCUGGGCCGCCAUGAGGCCAGCGUGUUGGGAGGAGGUUGGAGAAGAGACCGAGGGUGCUUCUGAGCCAGGAUGCCACGCGGGCAGCCUUACAUGGCAUCUGCCAGCUUCUCAGGAGGCCACGAGACAGGAAAACUCCACCUCGUCUUUCGUACCUGAUCAGCCAUGCGGCCUAGGGUUAGGUCCUGAAUCCAAAUACAACAUCCAGGCCAAGAAAGUGGAGCUGGCCAGCCUACUCCAAAAGAUGCUGGUGGACCUGCAGGCAGAGCAGGAAAGACUACAGGGACUGGCCCGAGCUUGGGCUAGACGAAGGGAAGACCUGGAGGCUGCGGUGAGCCGUACCUGUGCACCCCGGGACCUGGAGCGGUUCACCCGGUUCCUGGCUGACCUGGAACGUGUGCUUGGCCUCCUGUUACUGCUAGGCUGUCGCCUGACCCGCGUGCAUCGUGCAAUGGGCAGGCUGGGCUCCGCUGGCGCUCCAGAAGAGCGGGCCUCCUUGUUGGAGCGGCUGAGGCUUUUACAGCGCCAGCAGGAAGAUGCUAAGGAGCUGAAGGAUCACGUGGCCCGGCGCGAGCGUGCCCUGCGGGAGGUGCUGGGGCGGGCACUGCCCACGGAGGAGCUGAGUGCCUAUGGUGCCCUGCUGGCAGGCAAGGCCGCCAUCCUGGCCCAGCAGCGCAGUCUAGAUGAGUGCGUCCGCCUUCUGCAAGACCAGCUGGACGCCAUCAGAAUUGACCUUGGCCAUCGUCCCCUUUGUCCCAGGCCAUCCUGGCCCCUGGGGUCCUGUUUGUCCCAUGCCAAGCUCUUUCCUGCUUCCCCUGUCUAGUUCCAGGGAGUGGGGAUGGGGCUCAACCACGCCAGAUCCAUGCUGGUUUAUUGGCUGAUUUGUCCCUACAGGGAGACCUGGCUUUCCCAGAAUGCUCCUUCCUCCAGGUCUCCCCUGGCCUUUGUCCAAGUCUUGGGGGGGGAGUAUUGGGAAAUUUAACUCCUGGAUCUGGGAAACCUGCAGUAUUAGCCAGGCACUGAGUGCAAGCAUAUCAUCUUAGCUACUCGAGAGGCCGAGAUGUGAGGAACUGGGUUCAAAAUCCAAACCUUGGGUGGAAAAGUCUGUGAGACUCUGAAUCUCCAAUUAACCAGCAAAAAAAGCUGGAAACAGAGGGGUGGCUCAAGUGGUAGAGUACCGGUCCUAAGCAAUAAAAGCUAAAGAGAGUGCCCCGGCCCUGAUUUCAAGCUCUAGUACUGGCAAAAAGCAAAAGAACAACAAAGAAACCCUGCAGUAUUUCAGUUUUUGUGAUGGGGGGGGGGGGGGAAGGAGUAUCUAUUAAGCUUUUGGGAAAGGAAUCAAGUCCAAGGAGCAUUUCUGCUUAAGGUGCAGAAUGGCCUUUUAUUAUUUUUUUUAAUAAAAAUUUCUUUUUUUUUGG